UUCAGCAUGGCGGCAACCUGCGUGGUUCACCCGAUGGACGUGAUAAAAAACCGAAUGCAAAUACAGAAGGGCAAAGUGUCGAUAGUGAGCCUGAUCGGCACUGUGUACAGCCAAGAAGGUAUCACCAAGUUUUACAGCGGUUUAACGGCCGGUCUGGUGAGACAAGCCACGUACACGACCGUGAGACUCGGGAUUUACAAUCAGAUGCAAGAUUUCUGGAGACAAAAGUACGUCGGUCCGCCCAAUUUCGCUAUUCUAGCGCUUAUGGCCGGGGUUGCUGGUGCUACGGGAGCCUUUGUCGGGACUCCAGCCGAUGUUGCCCUAGUGAGAAUGACGACAGAUGGUAGAUUGCCAGUAGAGCAGCGACGGAAUUAUAAAAACGUGUUCGACGCGUUCAGCAGGAUAGCUAAAGAGGAAGGUGUAUUUACACUCUGGAGAGGAAGCACAGCCACAAUGGCAAGAGCCGUUGUCGUCAACGUUUCACAAUUGGCGACUUAUAGUCAAGUGAAAUAUUUAAUAGCGACACGAUUGAAUGUCCCGGAAACCGUAGCUUUGCACUUCUAUGCGUCGAUGGUAUCUGGCUUCCUGACUACCUUCAAUUCUAUGCCCUUUGACAUCGCUAAAACCCGGAUACAAAAUAUGAAGAGCAUCGGCAAACCACCAAGUGCAUUCGCAGUCAUGAUAUCCAUCGCAAAAACGGAAGGAUUAGGGUCUCUUUGGAAAGGUUUCUGGCCGACUUACUGCAGAAUCGGUCCGCACACUGUGCUGACCCUCGUCAUCAAUGAACAAUUAAUGAAUUUCCUCAGAACAUUGUACGAGAAAUGA